AUGCUCUCUUUCCCAUGCUCUCUUUCCCAGGCUCUCUUUCCCAUGCUCUCUUUCCCAGGCUCUCUUUCCCAGGCUCUCUUUCCCAGGCUCUCUUUCCCAGGCUCUCUUUCCCAUGCUCUCUUUCCCAGGCUCUCUUUCCCAGGCUCUCUUUCCCAUGCUCUCUUUCCCAGGCUCUCUUUCCCAUGCUCUCUUUCCCAUGCUCUCUUUCCCAGGCUCUCUUUCCCAGGCUCUCUUUCCCAAGCUCUCUUUCCCAGGCUCUCUUUCCCAUGCUCUCUUUCCCAUGCUCUCUUUCCCAGGCUCUCUUUCCCAGGCUCUCUUUCCCAAGCUCUCUUUCCCAGGCUCUCUUUCCCAUGCUCUCUUUCCCAUGCUCUCUUUCCCAUGCUCUCUUUCCCAUGCUCUCUUUCCCCGGCUCUCUUUCCCAGGCUCUCUUUCCCAUGCUCUCUUUCCCAUGCUCUCUUUCCCAUGCUCUCUUUCCCAUGCUCUCUUUCCCAGGCUCUCUUUCCCAUGCUCUCUUUCCCAGGCUCUCUUUCCCAGGCUCUCUUUCCCAUGCUCUCUUUCCCAUGCUCUCUUUCCCAUGCUCUCUUUCCCAUGCUCUCUUUCCCAGACUCUCUUUCCCAGGCUCUCUUUCCCAGGCUCUAUUUCUCAUGCUCUCUUUCCCAUGCUCUCUUUCCCCGGCUCUCUUUCCCAGGCUCUCUUUCCCAUGCUCUCUUUCCCAUGCUCUCUUUCCCAUGCUCUCUUUCCCAUGCUCUCUUUCCCAUGCUCUCUUUCCCAUGCUCUCUUUCCCAGGCUCUCUUUCCCAGGCUCUCUUUCCCAUGCUCUCUUUCCCAUGCUCUCUUUCCCAGGCUCUCUUUCCCAUGCUCUAUUUCUCAUGCUCUCUUUCCCAUGCUCUCUUUCCCAGGCUCUCUUUCCCCGGCUCUCUUUCCCAGGCUCUCUUUCCCAUGCUCUCUUUCCCAGGCUCUCUUUCCCAUGCUCUCUUUCCCAGGCUCUCUUUCCCAGGCUCUCUUUCCCAUGCUCUCUUUCCCAUGCUCUCUUUCCCAUGCUCUCUUUCCCAGGCUCUCUUUCCCAGGCUCUCUUUCCCAGGCUCUAUUUCUCAUGCUCUCUUUCCCAUGCUCUCUUUCCCAGGCUCUCUUUCCCAGGCUCUCUUUCCCAGGCUCUCUUUCCCAGGCUCUCUUUCCCAUGCUCUCUUUCCCAUGCUCUCUUUCCCAUGCUCUCUUUCCCAGGCUCUCUUUCCCAGGCUUUUUUUCCCAGGCUCUCUUUCCCAUGCUCUCUUUCCCAGGCUCUCUUUCCCAGGCUCUCUUUCCCAUGCUCUCUUUCCCAUGCUCUCUUUCCCAGGCUCUCUUUCCCAGGCUCUCUUUCCCAGGCUCUCUUUCCCAGGCUCUCUUUCCCAUGCUCUCUUUCCCAUGCUCUCUUUCCCAGGCUCUCUUUCCCAGGCUCUCUUUCCCAUGCUCUCUUUCCCAUGCUCUCUUUCCCAGGCUCUCUUUCCCAGAAUCUCUUUCCCAGGCUCUCUUUCCCAUGCUCUCUUUCCCAUGCUCUCUUUCCCAGGCUCUCUUUCCCAGGCUCUCUUUCCCAUGCUCUCUUUCCCAGGCUCUCUUUCCCAUGCUCUCUUUCCCAGGCUCUCUUUCCCAGAAUCUCUUUCCCAGGCUCUCUUUCCCAUGCUCUCUUUCCCAUGCUCUCUUUCCCAGGCUCUCUUUCCCAGGCUCUCUUUCCCAUGCUCUCUUUCCCAGGCUCUCUUUCCCAUGCUCUCUUUCCCAGGCUCUCUUUCCCAUGCUCUCUUUCCCAGGCUCUCUUUCCCAUGCUCUCUUUCCCAUGCUCUCUUUCCCAUGCUCUCUUUCCCAUGCUCUCUUUCCCAUGCUCUCUUUCCCAUGCUCUCUUUCCCAGGCUCUCUUUCCCAUGCUCUCUUUCCCAUGCUCUCUUUCCCAUGCUCUCUUUCCCAGGCUCUCUUUCCCAGGCUCUCUUUCCCAUGCUCUCUUUCCCAUGCUCUCUUUCCCAUGCUCUCUUUCCCAGGCUCUCUUUCCCAGGCUCUCUUUCCCAGGCUCUCUUUCCCAUGCUCUCUUUCCCAGGCUCUCUUUCCCAGGCUCUCUUUCCCAUGCUCUCUUUCCCAUGCUCUCUUUCCCAUGCUCUCUUUCCCAUGCUCUCUUUCCCAGGCUCUCUUUCCCAGGCUCUCUUUCCCAGGCUCUCUUUCCCAGGCUCUCUUUCCCAUGCUCUCUUUCCCAUGCUCUCUUUCCCAGGCUCUCUUUCCCAGGCUCUCUUUCCCAUGCUCUCUUUCCCAUGCUCUCUUUCCCAGGCUCUCUUUCCCAGAAUCUCUUUCCCAGGCUCUCUUUCCCAUGCUCUCUUUCCCAUGCUCUCUUUCCCAUGCUCUCUUUCCCAUGCUCUCUUUCCCAGGCUCUCUUUCCCAGGCUCUCUUUCCCAGGCUCUCUUUCCCAUGCUCUCUUUCCCAUGCUCUCUUUCCCAUGCUCUCUUUCCCAUGCUCUCUUUCCCAUGCUCUCUUUCCCAUGCUCUCUUUCCCAUGCUCUCUUUCCCAUGCUCUCUUUCCCAUGCUCUCUUUCCCAGGCUCUCUUUCCCAUGCUCUCUUUCCCAUGCUCUCUUUCCCAGGCUCUCUUUCCCAGACUCUCUUUCCCAGGCUCUCUUUCCCAUGCUCUCUUUCCCAGGCUCUCUUUCCCAGGCUCUCUUUCCCAGGCUCUCUUUCCGAGGCUCUCUUUCCCAGGCUCUCUUUCCCAUGCUCUCUUUCCCAGGCUCUCUUUCCCAUGCUCUCUUUCCCAGGCUCUCUUUCCCAGGCUCUCUUUCCCAUGCUCUCUUUCCCAGGCUCUCUUUCCCAGGCUCUCUUUCCCAGGCUCUCUUUCCCAGGCUCUCUUUCCCAGGCUCUCUUUCCCAUGCUCUCUUUCCCAGGCUCUCUUUCCCAGGCUCUCUUUCCCAGGCUCUCUUUCCCAGGCUCUCUUUCCCAGGCUCUCUUUCCCAUGCUCUAUUUCCCAGGCUCUCUUUCCCAGGCUCUCUUUCCCAGGCUCUCUUUCCCAUGCUCUCUUUCCCAUGCUCUCUUUCCCAGGCUCUCUUUCCCAGGCUCUCUUUCCCAGGCUCUCUUUCCCAUGCUCUCUUUCCCAGGCUCUCUUUCCUAGGCUCUCUUUCCCAGGCUCUCUUUCCCAUGCUCUCUUUCCCAGGCUCUCUUUCCCAUGCUCUCUUUCCCAGGCUCUCUUUCCCAGGCUCUCUUUCCCAGGCUCUCUUUCCCAGACUCUCUUUCCCAGGCUCUCUUUCCCAGACUCUCUUUCCCAUGCUCUCUUUCCCAUGCUCUCUUUCCCAGGCUCUCUUUCCCAUGCUCUCUUUCCCAUGCUCUCUUUCCCAUGCUCUCUUUCCCAGGCUCUCUUUCCCAGGCUCUCUUUCCCAGACUCUCUUUCCCAGGCUCUCUUUCCCAGGCUCUCUUUCCCAUGCUCUCUUUCCCAUGCUCUCUUUCCCAGGCUCUCUUUCCCAGGCUCUCUUUCCCAUGCUCUCUUUCCCAUGCUCUCUUUCCCAGGCUCUCUUUCCCAGGCUCUCUUUCCCAGACUCUCUUUCCCAGGCUCUCUUUCCCAGACUCUCUUUCCCAUGCUCUCUUUCCCAGGCUCUCUUUCCCAUGCUCUCUUUCCCAUGCUCUCUUUCCCAGACUCUCUUUCCCAGGCUCUCUUUCCCAUGCUCUCUUUCCCAGGCUCUCUUUCCCAUGCUCUCUUUCCCAGGCUCUCUUUCCCAUGCUCUCUUUCCCAUGCUCUCUUUCCCAUGCUCUCUUUCCCAUGCUCUCUUUCCCAGGCUCUCUUUCCCAUGCUCUCUUUCCCAUGCUCUCUUUCCCAUGCUCUCUUUCCCAUGCUCUCUUUCCCAGACUCUCUUUCCCAGGCUCUCUUUCCCAUGCUCUCUUUCCCAUGCUCUCUUUCCCAUGCUCUCUUUCCCAUGCUCUCUUUCCCAGGCUCUAUUUCUCAUGCUCUCUUUCCCAUGCUCUCUUUCCCAUGCUCUCUUUCCCAUGCUCUCUUUCCCAUGCUCUCUUUCCCAGGCUCUCUUUCCCAGGCUCUCUUUCCCAUGCUCUCUUUCCCAUGCUCUCUUUCCCAGGCUCUCUUUCCCAUGCUCUCUUUCCCAGGCUCUAUUUCUCAUGCUCUCUUUCCCAUGCUCUCUUUCCCAUGCUCUCUUUCCCAGACUCUCUUUCCCAGGCUCUCUUUCCCAUGCUCUCUUUCCCAUGCUCUCUUUCCCCGGCUCUCUUUCCCAGGCUCUCUUUCCCAUGCUCUCUUUCCCAUGCUCUCUUUCCCAUGCUCUCUUUCCCAUGCUCUCUUUCCCAUGCUCUCUUUCCCAGGCUCUCUUUCCCAUGCUCUCUUUCCCAUGCUCUCUUUCCCAGGCUCUCUUUCCCAGGCUCUCUUUCCCAUGCUCUCUUUCCCAGGCUCUCUUUCCCAGGCUCUCUUUCCCAGGCUCUCUUUCCCAGGCUCUCUUUCCCAUGCUCUCUUUCCCAUGCUCUUUUUCCCAUGCUCUCUUUCCCAUGCUCUCUUUCCCAGGCUCUCUUUCCCAGGCUCUCUUUCCCAGGCUCUCUUUCCCAGGCUCUCUUUCCCAUGCUCUCUUUCCCAGGCUCUCUUUACCAUGCUCUCUUUCCCAGGCUCUCUUUCCCAGGCUCUCUUUCCCAGGCUCUCUUUCCUAGGCUCUCUUUCCCAUGCUCUCUUUCCCAUGCUCUCUUUCCCAGGCUCUCUUUCCCAUGCUCUCUUUCCCAGGCUCUCUUUCCCAGGCUCUCUUUCCCAUGCUCUCUUUCCCAGGCUCUCUUUCCCAGGCUCUCUUUCCCAGGCUCUCUUUCCCAUGCUCUCUUUCCCAUGCUCUCUUUCCCAGGCUCUCUUUCCUAGGCUCUCUUUCCCAUGCUCUCUUUCCCAUGCUCUCUUUCCCAGGCUCUCUUUCCCAUGCUCUCUUUCCCAGGCUCUCUUUCCCAGGCUCUCUUUCCCAGGCUCUCUUUCCCAGGCUCUCUUUCCCAUGCUCUCUUUCCCAGGCUCUCUUUCCCAGGCUCUCUUUCCCAUGCUCUCUUUCCCAGGCUCUCUUUCCCAUGCUCUCUUUCCCAUGCUCUCUUUCCCAGGCUCUCUUUCCCAGGCUCUCUUUCCCAAGCUCUCUUUCCCAGGCUCUCUUUCCCAUGCUCUCUUUCCCAUGCUCUCUUUCCCAGGCUCUCUUUCCCAGGCUCUCUUUCCCAAGCUCUCUUUCCCAGGCUCUCUUUCCCAUGCUCUCUUUCCCAUGCUCUCUUUCCCAGGCUCUCUUUCCCAUGCUCUCUUUCCCAGGCUCUCUUUCCCAGGCUCUCUUUCCCAGGCUCUCUUUCCCAGGCUCUCUUUCCCAGGCUCUCUUUCCCAGGCUCUUUUUCCCAUGCUCUCUUUCCCAUGCUCUCUUUCCCAGGCUCUCUUUCCCAGGCUCUCUUUCCCAGGCUCUCUUUCCCAGGCUCUCUUUCCCAUGCUCUCUUUCCCAGGCUCUCUUUCCCAUGCUCUCUUUCCCAGGCUCUCUUUCCCAGGCUCUCUUUCCCAGGCUCUCUUUCCCAGGCUCUCUUUCCCAGGCUCUCUUUCCCAGGCUCUUUUUCCCAUGCUCUCUUUCCCAUGCUCUCUUUCCCAGGCUCUCUUUCCCAGGCUCUCUUUCCCAUGCUCUCUUUCCCAGGCUCUCUUUCCCAGGCUCUCUUUCCCAGGCUCUCUUUCCCAUGCCCUCUUUCCCAUGCUCUCCUCUCCUCUGCUCCCCCCGCCCCACCAGGCAAGGCGAGGCGGAGGCGCCAUGCAUGAUAGGGUGGCUGCUGCAGGCGUGAAUAGGGUUUUCAUCCGUAUACCUCCCCUUCCUAUACCUCACUCUCUCCACAUCUCCCUUGUCGAGGGCAGGUGGCGCAUGGGGGGCGGCUACGCCAUCCACGCCUUGGUGCUGCAGGCGCUCAUCGAGUUCGCCCUCACGCCCUUACUCACGCCACAGAUGCACACCUCCUCUCAGCUGCACGAGCACCGCACGCUGGGGGACGAGCCCAUGGCGAACGGGCUGGUGGAGUUUGAGGGCGCGUGGCGGCGGGCCACGGAGGAGGAGCCGCUACGCCGUGGCCUAGACCGCCGCCGUCGCCCCCAAUCGCCCGCCAUUUCUUCUCCCGCGGGCAUCUCGCCCGUCGGUUCUGCUCCCGCGGGCAUCUCGCCCGUCGGUUCUGCUCCCGCGGGCAUCUCGCCCGUCGGUUCUGCUCCCGCGGGCAUCUCGCCCGUCGGUUCUGCUCCCGCGGGCAUCUCGCCCGUCGGUUCUGCUCCCGCGGGCAUCUCGCCCGUCGGUUCUGCUCCCGCGGGCAUCUCGCCCGUCGGUUCUGCUCCCGCGGGCAUCUCGCCCGUCGGUUCUGCUCCCGCGGGCAUCUCGCCCGUCGGUUCUGCUCCCGCGGGCAUCUCGCCCGUCGGUUCUGCUCCCGCGGGCAUCUCGCCCGUCGGUUCUGCUCCCGCGGGCAUCUCGCCCGUCGGUUCUGCUCCCGCGGGCAUCUCGCCCGUCGGUUCUGCUCCCGCGGGCAUCUCGCCCGUCGGUUCUGCUCCCGCGGGCAUCUCGCCCGUCGGUUCUGCUCCCGCGGGCAUCUCGCCCGUCGGUUCUGCUCCCGCGGGCAUCUCGCCCGUCGGUUCUGCUCCCGCGGGCAUCUCGCCCGUCGGUUCUGCUCCCGCGGGCAUCUCGCCCGUCGGUUCUGCUCCCGCGGGCAUCUCGCCCGUCGGUUCUGCUCCCGCGGGCAUCUCGCCCGUCGGUUCUGCUCCCGCGGGCAUCUCGCCCGUCGGUUCUGCUCCCGCGGGCAUCUCGCCCGUCGGUUCUGCUCCCGCGGGCAUCUCGCCCGUCGGUUCUGCUCCCGCGGGCAUCUCGCCCGUCGGUUCUGCUCCCGCGGGCAUCUCGCCCGUCGGUUCUGCUCCCGCGGGCAUCUCGCCCGUCGGUUCUGCUCCCGCGGGCAUCUCGCCCGUCGGUUCUGCUCCCGCGGGCAUUUCGUCGGUUCUGCUCCCGCGGGCAUUUCGCCCGUCCUUCUGCUCCCGCGGGCAUUUCGCCCGUCACUUCUGCUCCCGCGGGCAUUUCGCCCGUCACUUCUGCUCCCGCGGGCAUUUCGCCCGUCACUUCUGCUCCCGCGGGCAUUUCGCCCGUCACUUCUGCUCCCGCGGGCAUUUCGCCCGUCACUUCUGCUCCCGCGGGCAUUUCGCCCGUCACUUCUGCUCCCGCGGGCAUUUCGCCCGUCACUUCUCUUAG